AUGAAAUCAGCUACUGCUUUCUUUUUAAUUUCAAGCGCAAUUACAGUUGUUGCUUCUAAAUUAAUUACAGUUCCGUUUAUUGCUGCAGAACGUAAGAUUUUGUCUGCUACUGCUGAUGAAGGAGAAGGGAAUACACUAGGGACACCAAUAGAUGUUCCACUUGAAAAUAUUGAUUUAGCAUAUUUAAUUGAUAUCUCCUUUGGUACCCCUCCACAGCUAUUUUCAUUAUUAUUAGAUACAGGUUCCUCAAGUACUUGGGUUCCUGCUUAUGGUUGUAGACAAGCAUGUGGAUUCCCAGUACAUACUUUUGUAGCUAGUAACUCAUCUACUUUAGAGUUACCUAAUCGAUUAUUUGGUAUUCAAUAUGGAGAAGGCUUUGCAAGUGGAUAUUAUGCAAAAGAUACAGCUACAAUCGAUGGUGUUCCAAUUCCUCAAGCUAAUUUUGCUAUAUCCACUAUGAAUGAUGGAGAUCUACCCGCAAGUGGAGCUGAUGGUAUUCUUGGUAUAGGACCAGACCAGCUAACCGUUUAUAACAACCCAGAACAUGAAAUAGUACCAACAUUAAUAACUACCAUGUUUCAACAAAAUAUUAUAGAUCAUAAUAUGUUUUCAAUCUACUUUCAACCCGUCAAUUUUACUAAUAAUAGAGCAAAUCGUAUUAAUGGUGAGAUUGUGUUUGGAGGAGGUAAUAUAAUAGAAACAAAUCGAUAG